UCAGUUGCUUGAUGUCGUUCUAUGAGGUUGAAGUGGAGCUGAUGACAGACACUACGCAGUUGCAGAGACACCGCAAAUUCGUGUGUGGCGUUUGUAGUGAGGUGUAUCGUAGCUUGGGGCGAAUCGCGUAUCACGCUGCGCGCUGCCAUGCCGGCCCCUACCAGUGUGAACUGUGCGUUCAUGUUGCCACUACCAAGCAACUUCUCAAUCGCCACAAGAAGAAGUGUCACAAAGGAGUGGAGAGUUUCUUCUGUACGGAAUGUGGGCUGGGCUUCAAGCGACGCACUUCUCUGCAGAAACACCUUGUCAACCGACAUGAGAGCGGCCAGGACCACUUUGUCUGCGACAUUGACGGUUGCAGUCAGUUGUUUCCCAAGAAGAUACACUUGACCAACCACAAGAUAGAGGUCCAUGGAAUGGAGAGGAAGUUUCUGUGUCAGGUGUGUGGACACAAGUUCAUGACUCAAGACAGUCUGUCUCGUCACCUCGAGUUCCACACCAACAAGAAGAGAUUUGAGUGUCGCAUCUGCUCCAAACUGUUUUGCCACCAAUGA